AUGGAGAAAGGGGAACCUGCUGAUAAGAAAGUAAUGCCGGUUGAUGAGCCAAACUCACCCGAGGAAGAUCCAAAAUCACCCGAGGAAGAUCCAAAGUCACCUCCUGUUGAGCCAAACUCACCCGAAGAAGAUCCAAAGUCACCUUCCGUUGAGCCAAAAUCACCCGAGGAAGAUCGACAGUCACUUUAUGAUGAGCUGUUCUCUGCUGAUGAUGAUCCAAAAUCACCUUCUCUUAAUAAAACAUCAUCACCAGAGGAGGAUCCAAAAUCACCAUCUGCUGAACCAAAAUCACCUGAUGAGACCUAUAGUGACCUGCUGAUGAGACAGAAACCGAAUGAGGACUUCGUCGAGGAAGAUCCAAAAUCACCUUCUGUUGAGCCGGACUUGUCCGAUAAAGAUCCAAAGUCACCUUCCGUUGAGUUGAACUCGUCCAGUAAUGAUCCAAAAUCACCUUCGGUUAAACCAAACUCCCCUAUGGAUGAUCUAAAAUCAACCGAGGAAGAUCCAAAGUCAUGUUAUGAUAAGCUGUACUUCACUGAUGAUGAUCCGAAAUCACCUUCUGUUAAUGAAAACUCAUCACCGGAGGAGGAUCCAAAAUCACCAUCUGCUGAACCAAAUUCACCUUCUGCUGAGCCAAAAUCACCUGAUGAGACUCAUAGUGACCUGCUGAUGAGACAGAAACCAAAUGAGGACUCAUCGGUCGCAUGUAAUUUGGCAAAAGAAGAUGCAUUGAUGAACGCAGCUGCUGAAGAAGAAAUGAAUUCGCCAGCGCCAGAGGCAUCUAGUACUUCGGCAUUUGAUAAUGCAAUGAGGGAAGCUUCCGAAACUUUAGCAUACAGAGUUGCUGAUGCGGAGAAUAAGUCAUAUUUGGCUGAUGAGGCAGUCAAGGAGACAGAAAGAUAUGCAAAGUUUGUUGAGGAAAAUGAGGCAAUGUUAAAGUUUGCUGAAGAGCUUUUAGAAAAAUGUAAGCUUGGUGAAAGUUUUCGCUUCGCUUAA